GCGUCGAGGGCGCGAGGGUCGCCCCGCCGGCCGCGGAGAGCCCGAGAGCCCGAGAGCCCGAGAGCCCGAGCAGCAGGGCUGUGAUCUCAUCGAUACCCAGCUACAAAGAGCCACAGAACUUAGUUCCGGUCCUCAGCAGAUGGGCAUCAGCAGCACCUACUAGCCAGCAAGAUGGAGACCACGCCCCUAAGUUCCCAGAAGGAGCCGGCCGUGGGCAUGGAUGGAGAUGAUUGUCAGGAGAACGGAGUUCUACAGAAGGGUGUCCCUGGCCCUGGGGACAAGGCAGAGCCAGGCCAAAUCUCCAAUGGUUACUCAGCGGUUCCCAGCCCGGGUGCAGGAGAUGGCGUUCAGCACUCUGCCCCCACGGCCACCACUGCCCUAGUGGCUGAGUCUCAGCCUGGGGAGCGGGAGACAUGGGGCAAGAAGGUGGAUUUCCUCCUCUCAGUUAUUGGCUACGCCGUGGACCUGGGCAACGUCUGGCGCUUUCCCUACAUCUGUUACCAGAAUGGAGGGGGUGCCUUCCUCCUCCCUUACACCAUCAUGGCCAUUUUUGGAGGAAUCCCUCUCUUCUACAUGGAGCUUGCACUGGGCCAGUAUCAUCGAAAUGGCUGCAUUUCCGUAUGGAAGAAAAUCUGCCCCAUCUUCAAAGGCAUUGGCUAUGCCAUCUGCAUCAUCGCCUUCUAUAUCGCCUCCUACUACAACACCAUCAUGGCCUGGGCGCUUUACUACCUCAUCUCCUCCUUCACCGACCGGCUGCCCUGGACCAGCUGCCAGAAUGCCUGGAACACAGGCAACUGCACCAACUAUUUCUCAGAGGGCAAUGUCACCUGGACGCUGCACUCCACAUCCCCUGCGGAGGAAUUUUACACGCGCCACGUCCUGCAGAUCCAUCGGUCUAAGGGGCUCCAAGACCUGGGGGGCAUCAGCUGGCAGCUUGCCCUCUGCAUCAUGCUGAUCUUCACGGUGAUCUACUUCAGCAUCUGGAAAGGCGUCAAAACUUCUGGCAAGGUGGUGUGGGUGACGGCCACCUUUCCUUACAUCAUUCUCUGCAUCCUGCUGCUAAGGGGUGCCACCCUCCCCGGGGCCUGGAGGGGCGUCCUCUUCUACUUGAAACCCAACUGGCAGAAGCUCCUGGAGACAGGGGUGUGGGUGGAUGCAGCUGCUCAGAUUUUCUUCUCUCUUGGUCCUGGCUUCGGGGUCCUCCUGGCUUUUGCUAGCUACAACAAAUUCAACAACAACUGCUACCAAGACGCUUUGGUGACCAGUGCGGUGAACUGCGUGACAAGCUUCAUUUCCGGAUUUGUCAUUUUCACGGUGCUUGGGUAUAUGGCUGAGAUGAGAAAUGAAGACGUGUCUGAAGUGGCCAAAGAUGCAGGCCCCAGCCUCCUCUUCAUCACCUACGCCGAGGCCAUAGCCAACAUGCCAGCAUCCACCUUCUUUGCCAUCAUCUUCUUCCUGAUGCUGAUUACACUGGGUCUGGACAGCACAUUUGCAGGCUUGGAGGGUGUCAUCACUGCUGUGCUUGACGAGUUCCCACACAUCUGGUCCAAGCGCAGGGAGUGGUUUGUGCUUGCUGUGGUCAUUACCUGCUUCUUUGGAUCCCUGGUCACCCUGACUUUUGGUGGCGCGUACGUGGUGAAGCUGUUGGAGGAGUAUGCCACGGGACCCGCAGUGCUCACCGUCGUGCUGAUAGAGGCCAUUGCUGUGUUUUGGUUCUAUGGCCUGACUCAGUUCUGCAGUGAUGUGAAGGAAAUGCUAGGCUUCAGCCCUGGAUGGUUCUGGAGGAUCUGCUGGGUUGCCAUCAGCCCCCUGUUUCUCUUGUUCAUCAUUUGCAGUUUUUUGAUGAGCCCACCACAGCUACGACUUUUCCAGUAUAAUUACCCUCACUGGAGCAUCAUACUAGGCUACUGCAUAGGGACCUCCUCUUUCAUCUGCAUCCCCACGUACAUAAUGUACCGGCUAAUCACCACUCCAGGGACACUGAAGGAGCGUAUUAUUAAAAGUAUCACCCCAGAAACACCAACGGAAAUUCCCUGUGGGGACAUCCGCCUGAACGUCGUGUGAGACUCUCUGAGGAAAGGGUGUCUCAAUGGCUCUUCCUCCAGAAUUGUCACCUUCUCUCCUUGAAACUCAUGGAUUUCCAAGGAAGCCCUACAACGAAAGGACCAUCCUCAUAGAGACACAAUCCCCAAAGACAAUGGGGCCCAGACUCCUGUGGCCUCUCACCCCUGAAAUCUCCUGGACAUAUCACGUUAGACUUUGUGACAAAGAUGACCCGGCAUAUUCUGCAUAUGCAAGGGGGUGUAUGGAGGUGUGAAAACCACCAUAUAAUCCAUUAGAGUUAGGUUUAGAAUCAAGUCUGUGAAAGUCUCCUGUAUCAUUUCUUGUUACAGUCACUGGUAUUUAACCUUUGCUUUGAAAGUUUUCACUGUCCAUGGAUGCAUAAACUAUGUAGGCACAAAGAGGGAUGCUUCUUGUUAGCCAUAUAUUUUCUGAGUAGCAUAAAAUUCUAUAGCUGGAAUCUACUAGAACCCUUUACCCUGUGUGCUGCUGUGGAAUCAGGAGAGAAAGAUGUAAGAAAAUAAACUGAAAAAUA